AUGGUCCAACAAAAGACGAACGUGUGGAUUGGUGGGCGAUUACUUGAAUGUUCUUCAGGGCGGGGGCGGUGUCGACCAGAAGGGCUUCGACAGCGUCAUUCCCGACGCUUCCACCAUCACACGGACACACAUGAUACUCAUGCACAGAGGUAUGCUCGGGCAUACCCAUCCAUCCAUCCAUCCAUCCAUGAGUCACGCCGGGUAUGCACAACGAGUCUGUCUGUGCUUGUCUUUGCGGUGGGUGGUUUGCAGCCCACAGCAUCGAUUUGUCUGCUUUGGACGGGGAGCGGGGGCGGGUCGUGCGUCGCCCUGACAUGCGAGAGGCGAAACUAGAGACUGCGAGGGCAUCACAGCUGGAAGCGCUUCUUUUUCAGAAGGUAGGGACGAUGACGACGUCAUAGGGCGUCUGUAUCCGUAUCCCGCCUCCGCCCUGUGCGUGUGGUUGCUUCUUGUGGUGCCGAAACAGAUCAACAGCCGAUGUCAGAGGUCCGUGGGAAUGAGCAGCCCCACCAGCAGCUCUGAGGGCUCUGUCCGACAGCCCGGAGGCGCGACCCUAAGGCAACUGCAGCACCACAUCGGUGGGCGGGGAGGCCGAAAGCAUGGAAUGGCGCACUCAUACAUACAUAUAUGUGUGGGUGGAUCGAAUGGCAGGUGUGAGUGAGGUUCUCCGUUUAGUGGUGCGUCUGAAACACCUCGCCAUGUGUGAGACGGAUGAGCCUGUGCACCACAGCAUGUUCGCCGUGACAGAAGACGAAGUCAAGAGCGCCCUGCAGAUCCUGCCCAUCCCAGCGGGCUGGGACGCCCAUUUCGCCUUCCUCAGCGGUAGUGUGCCACCGGCGUUUUUCGACGCCACGCUCGAGCGGAUGGCCCAGAGGUGGGUGGAUGAGUGCGGCCGGGCUGUGGUGUGUGAGGGCGCGUGCGUCAUCGGUGUUGGAGCUCAUUGUGACGCAGAAAGGUUGAUGGCACUGGCACUCGUGGCCGCAAUCGGCUAA